AUGCACCGACAGAGCUUCCGCCCCCCCACGCCCCCGUACCCGGGCGGGGGGCCCUGGGGCGGCGGGUUUCGGAGUCCUCCCUCCGGCGGGGGCCCUAUGCCGCCCUCCCCGCGGGGCUACGGGAGCCCCCACCACACACCGCCGUACGGCCACCGGCCCUACUCGCCCCGAGGCCGCAACUUCCACGGCGGCGGCGGGCGGUUCGGGAGCCCGUCCCCGGGGGGUCAAAGCCCGCGCAGGCCGCACAGUGCCAGCCCCAGGUACUCGGCUCCCUACGGCAGCAUACCCCCGGCCGCGGCCCAGCAGCGUCCGCCGCACCAUCCGCAGCAAUACAAGUCCUCGCCGCGGGGCUCCCAGAGAUACUACCAGGGAUCACCCAGGACAUCUACUCCAUUUGGUACAGCGCAUGGCAGAGGGAAAAGAGUGUCUAAUGAUGUGGAAAACUAUUACAGACCUUCAAUGCUUGAGGACCCAUGGGCUGGCCUAGAGCCAGUUUCUGUUACAGACAUAAACCAACAAUACAGCAGUGAGCAAACAACAUAUACUGGUAAAAAAGGGAGGUAUUUCAGUUAACAUUUCUAAAAGCCAAAUAACUCCAUCUGUCAGGAAAACUUUGGGACAAAAUCUUUAAACCUACACAAAAUGAACAGUAAUCAAGACCCUAGCUAAUGCUUUUAUUUGAACAAAUGUCCACCCUUUUAUCUGACUUCUUUUUACUGCAUUGGAUAUUUUUAUGUAUGGGGGAGGGGAAAGUAGUGGUGGAUAAUAUACAUUUCUGGCUACAUGGAAGUGCCUACCAGCUUUGAAGAACAAAGUGUUCUUUAAUCACCAGCGAUUGAUUUGUGUCUGUUAAAACAGGUUUCCAUUUAUUUACCUCUUCCAUGCCAGAUUGUUACCCUAACUUUUAUUGUUAACUCCUUUAGGAAGUGGUAUUUUUUUAUGUUUCAACGUUUUUAAAAUGAAGUGUGGAAAUACAAAAAACAAAAACCUUUGUAAAUCCUUGGUUUGUAAUGUAAAAAAAUUAUUUUAGGACUUUUUUGUCAAGGUGUACUUGGCAAAGAAGUAAUUAGUCAUAUUCUGUAAAUAUAAUGCUUAUAUUCUGUGGUUAAAUUUUGAUUUUGUACACAAUUUUUUGUUAAUUCUAGUGUAAAAUAAGUGAAACAUGAGUUUUAGCCAUCUCAGGAAACCAAUGUAUUGUAUUUGGAAAGUUUAAUUUGUUAAACCAGCUCUUGAAUGAUAAACGUCUGUAAUCAUG